UUGGGAGUUUUACGGUAGCGGAUUUCUAGCUUUCCUUCCCUUUGCCUGCCUCCCAUGGCCACCGGCACCGAGACUAUCGCCGCCGCUACCCUCGGCACCAGGCGCCCGCGUCAUUCCCGCACUGCCGCCUCCUUCCUCUCCUUCCGCUUCCGUCCCUCACCGCAGCUAUCAGUCGCCGUAGCCGCUUCCGCGUCCCUCCGCGGCAAGGCCAAGGCUCACGCGGAGGGCGCCGACAGCAAGGCCUCCGCCGCCAUCGACGACCAACACGUGCUGGAUGUAGCAGAGUCGACCUGGGAUGACCUCGUCCUUGGCUGCGAGUGUCCGGUGCUUGUCGAGUUCUGGGCACCAUGGUGCGGCCCUUGCCGUAUGAUGCACCCUAUCAUCGCGGACGUGGCGAGAGCAUACACCGGCAGGCUGCGCUGCCUCAAGCUCAACACUGACAAGAACCAGGAAGUGGCGACAAGGUACGGCAUCAGAAGCAUCCCCACCAUCUUGAUUUUCAAGAACGGGGAGAGGAAGGAGACGGUGAUCGGGGCUGUCACGGACACCACGCUAGCAACAACGGUCGAGAGGUUCUUGUAGCCCACCCACAGGCUAUUCGCUCGCCAUCUGCUGAGACUUAGCCUCGUUUGGAGCAUGUCACACAAUGCAGCCUGAAUCAAAAGUUGCAAACGUGAAAAUGGACUAUUGCACACAGGACUCGUCUAGUGUUUUUUCUUCUUAUUAUUAUUAAAAAAAGAAGAAGUUGCUAAUAAUUGCUGUCGUUGUUACUAAUACCACCUGUUGCAACACAUGAAAAAAGGAGAAACCAAAACAUCUUGCUAUGCAUGGGACAGAUGUUGCAUUAUUACCCUUUGUGAAAACAUGUUUGCUGA